AAUGAAGGGUUCCGCCAUUAAAAGAUACCACUAAACCUUCCAAAUGCAAAAUCAUGAAAUUUCUUCCAAUAAAUUUCCAGUUCUUUCUUCUUUCUUGUUUCAUUUUGGGAAUCUGUCUAUUUAGCUCCAUGCUGAAAUAAAAGGAGUUUCAAUCUGGUGAAAAACUGUUGUCAAAAGAGUUUGCAGUUCCCUCUAAUGGUUUCUGUCGAGCUAGUGGCGCUGAAUACAUAAUUUCAGAACAAUUCAUUCCAUUAAGCAGUCCUGAUGAGUAAAGUAUAUUUUGUUUGACAUAUCGACAAUGAACUUCAUAACCAUUUUGCGGCAACAUCGGAUCAUUAGUGCAAUUCAUCCAACAGUUGUUAUAUCUUUGUACAAACAAAGUAUUCAUUCAUGUCACAGUUUUUGCUCAAAAGUAUCCGAUGCAAAUGAGAACUCAAUAUCAAAAAGAGAAGAAAGGUUUAUAGAUCAGGGAAUGGUGGCAACAAGGAACAGCUUAAGUCACAGAAUUGAAAGUGUACCCAAAGGAGAGUCCAUCGGAUCCGCUUUCCAAAGCUGGAUGGGUGAUGGUCUACCUAUUCAUAGAGGUGACAUUUUCCAUACUAUCAAUCGUUUGCGCAAGCUCAAAUUCAUCAAGCGCGGUCUUGAGGUGAUGGAAUGGGUUAUAAGGGAAAGACCUUACAGACCAAAGGAACUAGAUUACUCAUAUUUACUAGAAUUCACUUCUAAGCUUCAUGGGAUAUCACAAGCUGAAAGCCUUUUCUCACGAAUACCAUCUGAGUUCCAAAAUGAGUUGCUUUACAACAAUCUUAUACUCGGAUGCUUGAACAGAGGCCUAAUAAGGCUUUCACUAGCAUAUAUGAAGAAAAUGAGAGAGCUGGGUCAUCCCAUAUCUUAUUUGGUGUUCAACCAUCUCAUUAUUCUCCACUCCUCCCCAAGCCGCAAGAAGUCCAUACCUAAAAUCCUGACGCAGAUGAAAGCCGAUAAGGUCAUUCCACAUGUUUCGACCUUUAAUAUUCUGCUCAAGAUAGAAGCAAAUGAACACAAUAUUGAACGCCUGUUAAAAGUAUUUGGUGACAUGAAGAGAGCAGAAGUUGAACCGAAUGAGGUAUCAUACUGCAUAUUGGCCACUGCACAUGCUGUGGCUAGGUUGUAUACAGUUUGUGAGACCUAUGUUGAAGCUCUUGAGAAGUCUGCAACUGGACGAAACUGGUCUACAUUGGACAUUCUUAUCAUACUUCAUGGGUAUUUGGGGAAGCGGAAUGAUUUGGAGAGAAUAUGGGGCAUCAUUAUGGAGCUGUCCCAUGUUAGGUCUAAGAGUUAUGUCCUGGCGAUCGAAGCAUUUGGUAGGACCGGAGAUAUAUGUCGUGCUGAAGAGCUAUGGUCCGAAAUGAAAUCAAGGAAUUCUUUGAAGUCAAAUGAGCAGUUCAAUUCCUUGAUAUCUGUAUACUGCAGACAUGGACUUAUCACCAAAGCCACUGCAUUGUAUAAGGAGAUGGAGAAAAGUGGGUGCAAGCCAAAUGCCAUUACUUAUCGGCAUCUUGCUCUUGGUUGCUUGAGAGCAGGGUUAAUUAAGGAGGCUAUUAAAACUCUUCAAUUGGGGAUGGAUAUGGCAGCAAGCAUAAAGGUGAAAAGAUCAACUCCAUGGUUGGAGACUACUCUUUCAAUAAUCGAUAUAUUUGCAGAUAAUGGUGAUGUAGAGAAUGCUGAAAAGUUGUUUGAAGAACUGAAGAAAGCAAAUUAUACUAGGUAUACCUUUGUGUACAAUACGUUAAUUAAGGCGUAUGUUAAGGGCAAGGUAUAUGAUCCAAAUCUGCUUAAAAGAAUGAUUCUUGGAGGGGCGAGGCCAGAUUCUGAAACCUAUAGCCUUUUGAAAGUUGUUGACCAAUUUCGGACGUGAUUAUAUUAGAAUUAUUUUAUAUGCUUAUAUACUGGUGGUUCAAGUUACUCAGCUAAGAGUAGUCCUAUUUUUCCAUUUGCUGGAUAUAGCCAUACUUAACGUGCCCCUUAUGUUCGAGUCUUGGAGAGAUGGUGGCAGGUUAGACAAGUUACACUAUAUUACAUAGAUACUUGGA